UUGAAAGAUUAGAUCGGGAUUAUGCUCUGAGCAAGUUAAUCUAACAAAGUGCACCAGAAAUAUGCAAGUCAAAUCUACCAUCAAAAUCUUGCUCAAAAGCAGAUCUAGCAGUGAUGAUUCCAAGCUUCAUCAGAUCCAAGAAAAGUCAGAUGAAAACGUGAAGAUUCCAGAGGAAAUGGCAGUCAUUAGCCAAAUAUUUCAGUCCCUAAUCCAACUAGAAUAAACCUUAAAUUACGUAAACAGAGGCCUGCAUUAUCAGAGCAGAUCUUAAAUAUGAAUUAACCAGUCGACCACAAGCAUCGGAGUUGGUAAAUAAUAAUGAAGAUUCCUUUGCCAUGCACUGGAAACAGGUGCAGUUCGCUUGCACGAGGAGCUCCACUGUCAAGCUGACAGGAAACAUGACGCCACGAACGUACACAGAAGUUUCUGCUAAAUUAACACAACUGAAAAUGAUUUCCUCGAGACUGGGACAUCGAAUCUUCUGUCCCAUGGACCAUGGACAAAAAAGAUGUUCAGGGAUCGUCAUGUCUCAGAGUUUCCUCAACAUCGUUAAUUUCUGAUGCAACUUCGAGUGUUCCCUUGUCUUCAUUGGCUUCACAUUAUAAAAGGCCACAAGCAUCCACCAUGCUUUUCGCACUGAUACUCCAAGUUAAACACGGACUGAUCCUUGGAGCUGCAGGCCUCAUGGUGCAAUUGCUCGUCUCGGCGUUGAUCGUUGCCAAUCUUCUUUCGACGGUGGCCAUGGGAAGGCCUUUCCAGGAGGCCGUGGGGGUGCAGGAGAAGCUGGCAUUAGUAGCUGCAGACUCGCCCAUUUCGAGUUUCUCUGCGAUGGAAGGCAAGAUGGAUCGAGCGAGUGCCCCAGGGGAUUUGAGGCAUCAUGACCACCACCGCCGGUUGGAUAACUCGAUCGCCGGAGCAGAGGUGAUACUGGGGGCGCUGGCUGCCACAGUGAUCGUCGCUGUGAUCUGCUACAUUCGGGUCACAAGGAAAAGAAUUGAAGAUGAGAAAGUUUGAUCCCCCCUUCCCUCCUAUUUGUUUUCUUUACUUGCUCUCCUACAAAUUCUAAUGUUUGACAGAAAAUGUGGCAUAUAAUUUAAUAAGUUUGAUCCCUAUGAUAGGUGUGUUGAAUAUGUAUGAAUGAAGAAG